GCAUCUACCAAGCAUCCAACAUUACAUAUCCGACGUUACUAGCGUCUCCAUCGAAAAGCGCCCUGGUUUAUGCCACUAUCGUCACCGCCUUCUGUAUCCAACUCGACAGCGACAUUUUACUCACGACUUUUUUCAGCUGCAGCUGUCCUGGUCAACGAAUUCCACUUCCUUCACAUGUCGCUUGUAAGGUUUCACGAAAGGGGACGUUAAAGCAUUGCGUUCGCGAUCGUAGAUACCGGCGCUCUCACCGCCUGGAGUUGCGAUCUCAUCCACCAACUGUGCCGUCCCACCUAGUGCGGUCCCUGUUCGAUCCCGUCGAACCCCCUCAUCGAAUUGACUCUUUUUCGGAGCCGAAUUCGCUCUCAAGUUUCUCCGAUAUUCUAACUACACUAUGUCCAACCACGUCUGCUACGUCGAGGAUGCCGAGGAGGAUUCCGGCAGCUCUGUCCUCGAGGGCAUCCAAUCCACCCGUCGCUAUGCUGUCUCUGAAGCUCCCGGUCCCGCCAGUCCACCCAAGGAACGCCCCAACACAGGAAAGUCUCGAGGUGAGACCAGGAGAUAUUCCAGCCGGCGACACGUUUCUCCUCCCAGCGAAGGCCUCUCUGAUGAAGAGCCCCCUCGUAGGGAAGAGCGCCCUCGCCGAGACUAUGAACGUGAAGCUCGUGAACAGCGCGAUAAAGAUCGACGUCGUAAAGAGCGCAAGCAGAAGGAAGCUGCUGAGCAGCAACAACGGAGGGUCCGAGCCGAAGCCAAACCACCCAAGGAACGUGAGCCCAAGCCUGUGAGAAGACCUCGCCCAACAUCACUCACUCAUACCAAGACUGAGCCUGUUGUUCAACAAUAUCGCCGAGGUCGUGUUGAGGAUCCCUCCUGUUACGGUGUCCAACAGCCUGCCGUUUCUGGCAUGCGCCCCCGUGCUCAGACUCGACCUCAUAGCUAUUACCCCGGACAAACCGCUCCUCCAAUUUCCAAUGCUGGCUGGCACCAUGCACAAGCUUCUCAGCCUUCUUUCCCAGUCGGAUCAUUCCCGCCACCACCUUACUUCCCUGGAGGACAGUCUCCCUCAGUGGUCGGCGUUCCGCCUUCGCCUGGCCCAGGUGCUGGAACACCUGGGUUCUUUGAUAUGCCUUCGCAGCAAGCCAGCGCCCACCUCAGAAACCGUUUUGAACGGCCAGCUUCAUCCAUGGGUUUCCGUCAACAGCAGCCUUCGCCAUCAAACAUUGGGUAUCCUCAGGAUGACUUUGAGGAGGAGGAGCAGCCUGAUCCCCGUCUAAUUAGACGCGCCUCUCGCUCUAAGAGGCCUCAACAGAAUGACGAGGAUCGCCGGCGUAUGCCUCCUCCUGACAGCAUCCCACGACCCAAGUCUGCAAUGCCUCCUCCAACCACACCAUUCCGCCCCCCUCCUCAGUCAUUGACAAGGCAAAAGACAAGGACUCCCUCGCGGCCGCCUCCUUCGGGUCGUAGCCGUGUUGGGUUUGUUGACCAAGGCUAUGAUGACGAAGACUACAAUGACAGUCCUGGUCUGUUUGCGGACUCUCCUGAAGCCAAUUUCGACCGCCGUACAGCUUUGGCCCGUACUCGACGCGGUUCUGUCGCCUAUGAGCAUCAUGGUGCUGAUCUUGUACCUGCUCGUACUCGACGAGGCUCCGUUGCGUAUGAACAGCGUGGGAUUGACAUUGUACCCGCCCGGACUCGACGAGAUUCCUACUACGAAGAUCGCUCACUUGGUGGUGGAGGUGUCAGUUUGGAUGAGGAUAAAUACCUGGACGCCAUGCGAUACCAGGACGACAUCAAUGGCGGUCCCGCCAUGCCAUUGACUGCUGAAACCCUACGCAAAGCUAGCAACCCUCGGCUUGGUGGCGGGAGCAGUCGAAGCAGCGGCAGCCAUGAUGAUAGCGAGUAUAAGCGAAGCAACACCACUGGUCUCACCCGCUCUUCUUCAAGCGACACUGAUAAUGUCACAAUCAAAGUGUCAGGCUCGGCUGUCGUGCGAGUUUCGGGUGCUGAGAUUGAGUGCGGCGAUGGAGGUGAGAUCACAUUUUCAAGACCUACCGGCAGCUCUAGAGUUGGCAGCGACCGCGCUAGCAGCUACUACCAGCUUGAAGAUGUCCGCAGUCGGGUUGAACAGAAGGCUCUCCCUUACCGACCACACACUCCCAGUCGUUCUGACUCGCAUCAUCGUGGAUAUUCUGGAAACCAUGCACCAUAUGAUCCGUCCUUUGCCAUGGACGACUACAUUUACUGAUGAUUUUUUCUUAUGAGAGAUGACAAAGUUGAUGAUAAGCGCGUUUUUGCAUUUUUGUUUUUUGAUCUAUAUUUAUUUCUUCUUUCUUAUUUCCUGCAUACAAAUGUCUACGGGAUGGGCAGCGUUUCGCCCAUAAUCUCGAAUCUUGGCCAUCGAUGAGCAUUCCGGUGGACGGUCUGAUUACAUUCAAGCUCCAGUCUUGAGCUCAGAGUUUUUUUCACACACCGAGCUUAUCUUGAUGCUUGUAUUCUUGGGCCAAACCCUCUCGUUGGCUUCGUGGCAGAAAGUUGAUACCCGAAAAGCGGUGAUGGCGGAAGCAUCCGGUUGAUGGUCCAGCUGAGUUACCAGCCCGGCUCGACUACCUCGAGGUACCAGUACCAACAGCGCUUACUGAAAGCUCAACUUUUUUAUUUGGAAAUCAUGUACGCCCAGAUGGGUUAUUUUUGGAGUUUGGUUGGGUGGUGGAAAGGCCCCAGUACGUCCUUAAUGAACAGAUGUCUUACCUGUUGGUAGCUUUGAGCCGGUGUGCCUUUUUCCGAUGCAUGGUCGUUGCUACCUGAAGGGUGUAGAUUCAUGUUUAGGAGGACUGGCCUUUAUUGGACUGGGACUAGACAAUUUCCCAUUGUUUUGCACCCCUUCUUGCCGCGAUCUGAUCAGCAGGAGAUACCUGUGGGAAGCUGCAUGAGAGACGAUUAUGGAUAUGGCUUAUGUAUUGCAUUGUUGAGCAUGAUGUAAGAGGAGGAACUUGAGACUUGGCUGGAACUAUCAUUGGACCCUUGUCAUCAGAACGAUAGAUUGUACGGGCGAACGAGGUUCGCGCCUCUAUCUGCUGCCCGGCAGAGAAUAAUCUUAUGUUACAACCAGCAUGACAUGCAUGUCAGGCUUCUCUAUUCUACUUGUUCCGAGACGUUAAAUGGUGACCCGUGACAAGAUCUUCGGCUGAUCAUGGUGUAGUGAGGGUGGCAGAUUGAUUAUGAGUGGACUAAAUGGAGGUGAAGGAUUUUGGUCGAAACGGAAGAUAUUGUUUUGGAUUGGAGAGACUGGGAGAGUAACAAGCAAGACAACGACUGGGUGGAUAUGAUUGAGUUCAACCAUAGCAUAAAAAUGGGAACAUGUCUAGCAUUGGAUGUUUAGCUAUCCCGUUUUCUCCUGUCUCAGGUGUCUGAGUUUGUGCAUAAGAAACUGGCGAUCUGUCGUAUGUGUAGAUUAACCGCCCAGAGCAGCUUUCAUCCGGUGUAAGCGCCCGAGAUAUUCAUGCAAACGUGAGCAGUCAGGCAGUGCAGUUGCUGACGCUGUCUCAGGGGUAGAAUUGGACCCGACAUUAGCAUGGUCCGUCAGGUCUCAAAUAUGUAGCCUAGUGGCAUUCCAAUGUCAAACUUGAAC